GCAUGGAGCAUGAACCAGAUGCCUUAAAGAAAGUUUACUUUGGCAGCACACAGGAUCGAAAACCUUUCCCAUCUCACUGGGCACCAGACCGCUUGGGUAAUGAGUUACCUCCUAUCAGAGGGAAGCCAAAUUGUGGGCCUGGAUGCUACAACUAUGAGGAGGUUACCAGCAUGGUCCAUCUUCAGAACAGGAUACCCAUGAGUAAGAAAGGGUACACUUUGGGGGCCAGAACAGCACAACGUUUCACUCCUAAUGUCAAGAUGGAGACUCCAAGUCCUUCACAAUAUCAGGCAUUUUGGUCCAAAGAACGCACAUACUCUGCAAGCUAUGCUCCUUUCAAUUUCAACGCUGCACGAAUUCCAGAGAAGAUGACAGAUAUCUCAUUGAAUCCUAGCCCAGGAACAUACGAACAUAACAUAGAGAGAGGCAGAAAGGUGUCUUGGCCUGGCAGAUUUGGAUCCCCUGACUGGUCUUCCGUGCCCUCUUUGCAGAAGAGAACAUUAAGAUCAGAGUUACCAACAGACAAAGAAUUUAGAAAAAACAGGAACCGGUUGGCAUAUUUGAGUCUGUACUACAGUUAA